GACGGAGGCGAGCUAGCGCGUCGAAGCAACCUCUAUGGUUUUCCUCUCCUUCUGGAGUCUGGAGACGGCCGGCUUGUGGAGUUGACGACGGAGCCAUAUCCCGGGACUCGUGCUCGGGCGUGUCAGGAAUUUGAAUUUAGAAUUUAUUUCUCAGAACAUUUUCUCCAGGAAGAAUUUUGCAGUACCUUAAAGACUUGACUGACUCCUUUAUCCUGCAUAACGUCCAAGGAGAAAGAAAUGGGUCGCUCCAAUUCUCGAUCCCAUUCUUCAAGAUCAAAGUCUAGAUCACAAUCUAGUUCUAGAUCAAGAUCAAGAUCACAUUCUAGGAAGAAGAGAUACAGUUCUAGGUCUCGUUCCAGAACGUAUUCCAGAUCUCGUAGUAGAGAUCGUAUUUAUUCUAGAGAUUAUCGUCGUGAUUACAGAAACAAUAGAGGAAUGAGACGACCUUAUGGGUAUAGAGGAAGGGGUAGAGGGUAUUAUCAAGGAGGAGGAGGUAGAUAUCACCGUGGUGGCUAUAGACCUGUCUGGAAUAGAAGGCAUUCUAGGAGCCCUAGAAGAGGUAGAUCACGUUCCAGGAGUCCAAAAAGAAGAUCUGUUUCUUCUCAAAGAUCCCGGAGCAGAUCUCGCCGGUCAUACAGAUCUUCUAGGUCUCCAAGAUCAUCAUCAUCUCGUUCUUCAUCACCAUAUAGUAAAUCUCCUGUAUCUAAAAGACGAGGGUCUCAGGAAAAACAAACCAAAAAAGCUGAAGGGGAACCCCAAGAAGAGAGUCCUUUGAAAACUAAAUCACAGGAGGAACCAAAAGAUACGUUUGAACAUGAUCCAUCUGAAUCUAUUGAUGAGUUUACUAAGUCAGCCACAUCUGGUGAUAUUUGGCCUGGCCUUUCAGCUUACGAUAAUAGUCCCAGAUCACCGCAUAGUCCUUCCCCUAUUGCUACACCACCUAGUCAGAGUUCAUCUUGCUCAGAUGCCCCCAUGCUUAGUACAGCCCACUCUGCCAAAAAUACCCCUUCCCAGCACUCACAUUCCAUUCAGCAUAGCCCGGAAAGGUCUGGGUCAGGUUCUGUUGGAAAUGGGUCUAGUCGAUACAGUCCUUCUCAGAAUAGUCCAAUUCAUCACAUCCCUUCACGAAGAAGCCCUGCAAAGACAAUCACCCCACAAAAUGCCCCAAGAGAUGAGUCUAGGGGACGAUCCUCAUUUUACCCUGAUGGAGGAGAUCAGGAAACAGCAAAGACUGGAAAGUUUUUAAAAAGGUUCACAGAUGAAGAGUCUAGAGUAUUCCUGCUUGAUAGGGGUAAUACAAGGGAUAAAGAGGCUCCAAAGGAGAAAGGAUCAGAGAAAGGGAGGGUAGAGGGAGAAUGGGAAGAUCAGGAAGUUCUAGAUUACUUCAGUGAUAAAGAUUCUGGAAAACAAAAGUUUAACGAUUCUGAAGGGGAGGAUACAGAGGAGACGGAGGAUUAUAGACAGUUUAGAAAGUCAGUCCUCGCAGAUCAGGGUAAAAAUUUUGCUACUGCGUCUCAUCGGAAUACUGAGGAGGAAGGACCCAAGUACAAGUCCAAAGUUUCACUGAAAGGCAAUAGAGAAAGUGAUGGAUUUAGAGAAGAAAAAAAUUACAAACUGAAAGAGACUGGAUAUGUAGUGGAAAGGCCUAGCACUGCAAAAGAUAAGCACAAGGAAGAAGACAAAAGUUCUGAAAGAAUAACAGUAAAGAAAGAAACUCAAUCACCUGAGCAGGUAAAGUCUGAAAAGCUCAAAGACCUCUUUGAUUACAGUCCCCCUCUCCAUAAGAAUCUGGAUACACGAGAAAAGUCUACCUUCAGGGAGGAAAGUCCACUUAGGAUCAAAAUGAUAGCCAGUGAUUCUCAUCGUCCUGAAGUUAAACUCAAAAUGGCACCUGUUCCUCUGGAUGAUUCUAACAGACCUGCUUCCUUAACUAAAGACAGGCUACUUGCUAGUACGCUUGUCCAUUCUGUCAAGAAAGAGCAAGAAUUCCGGUCCAUCUUUGACCACAUUAAGUUGCCUCAGGCCAGCAAAAGCACUUCAGAGUCAUUUAUACAACACAUUGUGUCCUUGGUUCAUCAUGUUAAAGAGCAAUACUUCAAAUCAGCUGCAGUGACCCUAAAUGAGCGGUUCACUUCCUAUCAGAAAGCCACUGAAGAGCAUAGUGCCCGGCAGAAGAGCCCAGAGAUACACAGGAGAAUUGACAUCUCUCCAAGUGCUCUGAGGAAGCAUACCCGCUUAUCAGGGGAAGAGAGAGUUUUUAAGGAAGAAAAUCAAAAGGGAGAUAAAAAAUUAAGGUGUGAUUCUGCUGAUCUUCGGCAUGACAUUGAUCGCCGUCGAAAAGAAAGAAGUAAAGAACGGGGGGAUUCCAAGGGCUCCAGGGAAUCCAGUGGCUCAAGAAAGCAAGAAAAAACUCCAAAAGAUUACAAGGAAUACAAAUCUUACAAAGAUGACAGCAAACAUAAAAGUAGAGAACAAGAUCAUUCUCGAUCAUCAUCAUCUUCAGCAUCACCUUCUUCUCCCAGUUCUCGAGAAGAAAAGGAGAGUAAGAAGGAACGAGAAGAAGAGUUUAAAACUCACCAUGAACUGAAAGAAUACUCGGGAUUUGCAGGAGUUAGCAGACCACGAGGAACUUUUUUUCGAAUUAGAGGCAGAGGAAGAGCCAGAGGAGUUUUUGCUGGGACAAAUACUGGUCCAAACAACUCAAAUACUACUUUUCAAAAGAGACCGAAGGAAGAGGAAUGGGAUCCAGAAUAUACCCCAAAGAGCAAGAAGUACUUCUUGCAUGAUGACAGAGAUGAUGGUGUGGAUUAUUGGGCCAAGAGAGGAAGAGGUCGUGGUACUUUCCAGCGUGGCCGAGGACGCUUUAAUUUCAAAAAAUCAGGUAGCAGUCCAAAGUGGACUCAUGACAAAUACCAAGGGGAUGGGAUUGUUGAAGAUGAAGAAGAGACUAUGGAGAAUAAUGAAGAAAAGAAGGACAGACGCAAAGAAGAAAAGGAGUAGUAAGUGAAGAGUGCAGCAGAGAGCAGAACUUGGCAUUCACCAUUUUUUUAACCUGAUUUUUGUUUCAUUUUCAAAUAAGAAUGUAAGCAUUUUACUUAAAUUUUACUGUUUGCAAGUAGUCUAUAGAAAUUUUGUUUUAAGUCUUCAAAUAUCUUGAAAAAAUAGUAGACUGUAUGUUGACAAUUGUACUGAAAUAAAAUAGAAAAUUGUUACGUACCAUAUUUGUAACUAUCAUAACUUUUAAAAAUCCUUAUACUCUUUUUGUUACAUGCAUUGUAUUUCUGCUUUGUCUAUAAUAUGGUCAAGAACAGCUCUGUGAAAGUUCUGAUUCUCUUCCUCCCUGUUUGUUAGUGUUUUAUUCUGAAGUAAACGUUAGCUGUACACACAAAUCCUUGAACAGAAAUUUAUACCUACCACACUAAUUAUCUUAACUGGUUUGCAUCUGUUUAGUAUGUUCCUUAAUUUGAACACUACAUUGUAGGGUGACUAAUUUUGAAGUAUUUCACAAAGUUGUUACUUUGGUAAACUUAAGUUAGUUUUACACAUCAGCAAAUAUUAAGGACAGUAGCAUUGCCAAGUGCUAAAAAGUACAGACUAUUUAAAAUUAGGUUUAAAGGAUUGAGAACAUGAUAUUUUUACUGAAAGCAAGCAAUGGCCUACCAAACAUUUUUAGGAACCUUUCUUAUUUGGGUUCAAAAUUGAGUAUUUGUUUUCCAUUCUUGUUAGAUUGAGUCAUGGUCUUAGAUAUCAGCUAUUUGAGAGAAUGAAACUGGUUUUCUAUUAACACUGUAAAUAAUGAUUCUAGUUCCACAUAACCAGAUUUAAGUAUUAAAACAACCCAAGCAGUGCAAAAUUAUGUGAUCCUGUUUCUGCAGGAGGAUUAUAUUGUAAAAUAAUUGGAUGCAUUUGGGACCAGAUUUGAUUGCUUAUAUUUUUGGGGGCUUUUGAACAGCUGUAGAUUAGUUUGUAGUUUAGCCAGGAGGAGGAACAGAUACAUAGCAUAUACUACUGUCCAAUUGUAUUUUAAGUAGCUUGUUUUCUGUAGUGUCACCAGGAAAAAAAUUUGGCAGGAAACUUACAGCAUUGAUUUAAGUGCCCCCCCCCCCCACUGUUGACUUUUGUAAAAUGACCUAUUUCUUUCAAGGGUUCUGUUUAAGUAGAUAAUCUUUCUUUGCUUGUUAUGUUUAAUACCCCUUAAAAGAAUAAAAUAGUAAACUUAGUGUUAAGUCUGGUUUCUACACGUUAAACUAGCCACAUUGCAUGUAAUUCAGCAACUGAAUUGUGUUUUUUUCAUUUUAAAGGAGAAAAUACUUAUCCUAUUAAUGUAAAUUGUUGAAGCUCUUGAAUGUGUGGUUCUUCCACACAUGUUGUUGAUUUGCAGUGCAUUGUGCGCCGUAAUUACAGCCAGGGACAUUUGGUAAGAGAUACUGUCAACAAAACAAAACUAAAACCAAAGUUAACACACCAAAUGUUUUUCCUAAGAUUCUUACUCAUUAUUGUGUGCUUUCUCUCAUUAUUUCUUUCUGAAGUUAAUUUGAGUCAGAGGAAAUUCCUGCCAAAGCGGGUAUAUUGCAUUUGUUUGGACAUAACUCACAAUCCUGGUCAGAAUGAUACUUAAAUGUAAAUGCAAUAUGGAUUGGCUCCUCCAACCCAGAAUUUGAUUCUCAUUAUUACAUGUAAACAUAUGUAGCUUUUUAAAUUUUAAGACCUUUUGCUUGGACUCUGAAUCUCAGUGAGUUUUAUGUGUAGUUUUUCUAAGGGGGAUUUGAUGAGAAAUCGCUUAUGGAGUUGGCAGAUGGUAGUUUUAUGUGCUGAUGGGAUGUAACCUUCAGUUACUUUUAUUGAAGGCAAAGUAGUACUAGUACUGUUUAGUACAUUAGGAGGGUUGUGAGAAUUCUGCAGUAGAACAUCAUUGUGCUUUUAUCGUUUUCAGAGCCAAACAUAAAAAUCUGCGUUUUUUUUUUUUUUUUUUUUUUGGAAACUGACAUUUAAUUUCAUACUAAAUGAAAUGUUUAAAAAACAGAAUGGUCCUCCUGUUAAGUUUGCUAGACUACAGGUACCAGGACAUUACUCUGAUCAACCCCAGUUUGCCCAGAUGAAAGAAGUAGAAAUGAACCAAAGGAUAUAUCUUGAAAAAGUAACAAAGCCGCUUAAGAAGGCCAUGACUCAGUUAGGUGUGUGCUCUUCAACAUCCUAGGAAUUUUCAUAUAAGAAGCAUUUUUUUUUCCAGUUGCACUCUACUUCAAGGAAUUGCUGUUGUUCCCUUUUGUCAGAGUUAAAAUCAAGUGUUGGCAAUUCAAUUACAAUUUGAGAAAAAAAAUACUACCCAAUAAGAAUGAAUGUAGAUGGCUAAACGAUUCUUACUCAGUGUGAUGUACAAUACAACAGGGACUCUUGUAAAUUGUCAUAUGCCAAUAAAAUGUCAUAAGUGGUAA